AUGCCAUCUCCUUCUAACGGCGGUAAAAUUACCAAAAUCAUCAAUGCUCGUAUCUUGCGCGAUCACGAAAUAGUCAACGACUCGUAUCUAUGGAUUCAAGACGGCAAAAUCAUUGAUGCUUUCAAUUCCUUCUUCAAGUAUAACAGAGAACCCGACGAGAUUAUUGACGCUCAGGGCGCUAUUGUUGCACCUGGUUUCAUUGAUUUACAAAUCAACGGCGCAUUUGGUAUUGACUUUUCAGAUUAUAAAGAUCCCGAAUCGAAAUUAAAAAAGGAUAUCGCGACAGUAUUGCCUUUAUUGCAAUAUCGUCCUGGAGAUGCUAAAGAAGGUGCAGAAAUUCUUGGUGCUCAUUGUGAAGGUCCAUUCAUUUCUACUGAAAAGAAGGGUGCUCACAAUCAAACCGUCAUACAAAAUGCCAAGGAUGGAAUUGAUGCGCUAGACAAGGCUUAUGGUCCCGAACUUAAGAAAGGCGGUAAGGCUGUCCGCAUUAUGACAGUGGCUCCCGAAAUCGAAGGUAUCUUGGACGUCAUUCCCCAACUUGUUGAUCGCGAUAUUACUGUUUCUAUCGGCCAUUCAGCUGCCACCAUCAGUCAAGCUGAAGAAGGUGUCAAGGCUGGUGCCACUUUUAUGACUCAUUUGUUCAACGCUAUGCGUCCUUUCCAUCAACGUGAUCCUGGUAUGGUAGGUAUUCUAGGCGCUAGUGACUUACCCGAACCUAAGCAACCUGAACGUCAUCCUUUACCCUCAACCACCUCGCCAUGUCGUGAAAAAACAGAUCCUCGUCCUUUCUAUGGUAUCAUUUGUGACGGUGUUCACGUUCAUCCCAACUCUGUACGCAUUGCUUACUAUUCUCACCCUAGUGGUUGUGUUUUGGUAACUGAUGCUCUCUCUGCUGCUGGUUUACCUGCUGGUAUUCAUCGUUUGGGUGGUCGCGAUGUUGAAGUCCGUGGUGUCAGCGGUGCUUAUAUCAAGGGUACAAAUACAUUAGCCGGAAGCACUAUUUCUAUUGAUCAUUGCGUUCGUAAUUUCAAGAAAUUUACAAGAUGCACAAACGUCGAGGCUUUAGAAGCAGCCACAUUGCAUCCUGCCCAAUGCUUGGGUAUUCAAGAUAGAAAGGGUACUUUAAAUCCUGGAGCAGAUGCUGAUAUGGUUUUCUUGGAUGAUGAUUUAAACCUUAAGAGAGUGUUUGUACGCGGUGUGGAAGUUGAAUUAAAGGAAAGAAAUGCAACUUUGUAA